CAACCCAGCAGCAGUAGCAUCUCGUCCGCACGACCGCACGCCCACGCCUUGACCGCCGGCGCCGCAAACCCUCUUUGUCGGCGGCGGGAUGGCGAAGGUCAGCGAGUCCGCGGCGGAGGCUGCGUCCACCGCCGCCGCCCCUCCUCUUACUUCCGCUUCCGCGCCGCCAUCGAGGCCGAAGGCGAAGCACCGGCUGGAGAUCGAGGGGUACCCCGUGGAGGGCCUCUCCAUCGGCGGCCAAGAGACCUGCGUCAUCUUCCCGACGCUGAGCCUCGCCUUCGACAUCGGCCGGUGCCCGCAGCGCGCCAUCUCGCAGGAGUUCCUCUUCAUCUCCCAUGGGCAUCUCGACCACAUCGGGGGCCUCCCCAUGUACGUGGCCACGCGGGGUCUCUUCAGGCUGCGCCCGGCCACCAUCUUCGUCCCGGCGUGCCUCCGGGACCUCGUGGAGCGGCUGUUCGAGGUGCACCGCGCCAUAGACCAGUCGGAGCUCAAGCAUAACUUGGUCCCCCUCGAGGUCGGGGAGGAGUACGAAUUGAGGAGGGACAUCAAGGUCAGGGCUUUCAGGACCUACCACGCCAUACCCAGCCAGGGGUAUGUCAUAUACUCGGUGAAGCAGAAGCUCAAGCAGGAGUUCAUUGGUCUCCCAGGGAGCGAGAUUAAGCGGUUGAAGUUAUCAGGUGUGGAGAUCACGAAUACGGUGUCCACCCCUGAGAUUGCUUUCACGGGAGAUACGACAUCAGAUUUCAUUCUUGAUCCAGACAAUGCAGAUGCGUUGGGGGCAAAAAUUCUUGUUGUCGAGAGUACUUUUCUAGACGACUCCAUUUCGGUUGAGCAUGCAAGAGAAUAUGGGCACACACACUUAUUUGAGAUAGCAAGCCAGUCUGACAAGCUUGGAAACAAAGCUAUUCUACUCAUUCACUUUUCUGCUCGUUACACUACAGAGGCAAACGGCAGUGGUUGUUUGAAGUUUGAACGGGAGGGAUUGGCAGGCAGACAGGCGCAUAUAUUCAAGAUCUUGAUCAUAGCAUGGAGGAAUCUGGCGAUGGCAACUGUUCAUCAACUGACCGGAUGAUCCAGAACUCUUGCGAGCGAUAGGCGACGAGCUUCCUUCUGCUCAGGGCAGCUCCUUUUAAGCAUAAAGAUCCUGAGAGAAUAAAAAGCACACAAAAAAGAGACUAUGACUAUUCUUUUUUAAGCAUAAAGCUUGCAUCACUGGAAUGAUCAGAAAUUAUGAACUUUAAUUUGCACAAUGGAGUGUCAGGCGCACCUUGUGUCACACA